UGAUCUAGUGUAGACAACGCACAGUGUUGUAGCCUAUGAGCGACACAGGGGACACCGGAGAGGACGAUCGCAGGAUCUUGCGAUCAGCUAGAGGCCCAAUAACUCAUGUGUCCCUAGGACCAGAGGGUGAUAGGGAACUGUUCCGCCGGCAGAGGGAGAGGCAGCAGCGGAGGACAGCUAGAGAAGCCGAGGCCAGCAGGGCAUUAGCUAGCGAGGCCGGUGCUACAUCAGCCAUGGCUACCACAACCAUGAGCACGUCUGCGCAGCAGACUUCCCAAGCCGGUAGUUCAGGUACUGCCGGGUUCACGGUUGCGCAGACUGUGAGUCAGUCCACUGGCUUAAUGGCAAGCCAGCCUGCGGUGUUGACCCCAGAGGAUGUCGCCAUCCAGCAGACAGCCCUGCAAGAGGCACAGCUACAACAGGCAUUAGGACAGAUAAAAAGGGAGAAAGAGAUGAUGAUUAGAAGAAGGACCAGGAUGCAACGGAGAGGGGCAGACAUAGAGGAGUUAGAGUCGAUCGACCUGACGAACAUGGAUGACGAUGUGAGGAAACUAGAGGACUUCCUGAAGAUGGUGGAAGAGAGAUGGCAUAAUCCUCAGGAGGCCCAAAAGGCCACUGAUGCGAUCCUGACACUUUACACGCGGCAGUUUAAGUCAGUUAGGGAAGCCACUGACGCUGUUGAGCGUCUAAUCUGUGUCCCAGGUGUGCGCUAUGACCCCCAAGUCCUUCUGACUUCGUACUCACCCACUACGGACGGGAGGAAGAAGACACUGCCUCCCAACUGGAAGGCGAAGGGUCGCAUCAUGUUUGUCGACAACGAUGGCUCAACCAUCGAGUUGGACGACAACUUCCAGGAGGGAGUAGGUGCAGAGGCAGGUGGCGAUACUUCAGAGGGUGGAGUAGUCGCCGUCGUAACCCAACAAAAAGGUGCGCUGAUUACUGAGUACGAUCUUACGGAUGAUGUCACUCGAUCCUUGGUGGAAGCCUAUCGAGAGGACCAGUUUAUGUCUGAGAUCAUACGCAGACUCGAGGCGAAGGAUAAACAAACUUCAGCCGAGUUUGAGUUGGUCAAUGACUUGCUGUUUCUCGAGAAGGAAGGGAAUAAACGUUUGUGUGUUCCUGAUAAAGAGUCUUUGUGUAGUUUGUUUUUAGGCGAGUGUCAUGACGCCACCGACCAUUUUGGGUACAAGAAGACCGCAACCAAUUUGCUGCAAAGGUUCAGGUGGCCCACGAUGUUAAAAGAUGCUAAGCUGUACGUGGAAAAUUGUCAAGUUUGCCAACGAGACAAGCCCCGUACUCAGGCUUCUCUUGGGCUGCUCAAGCCCCUUCCGAUUCCGGAAAGGCCAGGUGAAAGCUUGUCCAUGGACUUCAUGGAUACACUGGUCACCAGCAAGAGUGGGAUGAGGCAGAUCUUCGUCAUCGUGGAUAGGUUUAGUAAGUAUGCUAGGUUAAUAGCCAUGCCGGAAACAACAAAGACCGAGUAUGUAAUCAGACUGUUCAAAGAGAACUGGGUGAGGGAUUUUGGAUUGCCUAAGUCUAUUGUAAGUGACAAGGAUGUCAGAUUUACAAGUGAGUUAUGGAAGGUCGCUGCAGCUGAACAGGGAACUCAACUGCAAAUGACUUCUGGAAACCAUCCAGAAGCAAAUGGUCAGGCUGAACAAAUGAACCGCGCUGUUCAACACCUGUUGAGGCAUUACAUUAGGCCCAAUCAGGUGGACUGGGACGACAAGCUUGCUUUUGUCGCCAGUCUGUACAAUAACGUUGUACACAGCGCUACCGGGGUUGGGGACAGAGUCUGGGUUAAGUCUUCAAAACUGAGACAGGAGUUCGGGAUAUCCCGCAAACUCAUGCCUCAGUACUUCGGACCUUGGGAAGUCUUAGACGUAGUAGGGACAAAUCCUGAUGGUCCAUCUUAUGUCAUCCGUAUCCCUGGUCAUCUCAUAACUUACCCAGUCUUUCACGCCCCUAAGCUCGUUGCGUUCAAGGAAACUGAUCAAUUUCCCUCUCGUCGAUCAAUGCUGCCCCCAACCAUGGACGGAGAAGUCGACAUCGAUGAUAUCGUCGACCACAGGGAGAUGCCUGUUCAGAAGCCUCCAAGAUGGGGACGUCCUCCAAAGCCAAAGCUGCAGUUUCGUGUCCACUUCAGACAUUACACAGAUCCGAAGGAGGACCGCUGGUUUACUCGGGAGGAAUUGAUGCAGACCGCUUCUCAAAUCGUUGCCCACUAUGAGAAGGAUGUAUUGAAAGGAAAGCCCCAGAUGGCUCAGGAUUGAUCUUCUCAGAGGACUAACGAAGAUAUGGAGGAGGGAAUGCGAGGCUACGCCCGCUCAGCCCCUUCG